GGAGGGGGAGGUGGGGAGAAAGACUCUGCGAUGACGAUGCCGGUGUUCGGCGGAAAUAAGAAGGUCGACAAAGAAGAGGAGGAGCGGAAGCUGGCAGCGCUGUUGAAGGAUAACUUCAUUGACGACGACGGCGAGGAGGAUGCAGCUGAUGAGAUGGCUCCCGUUCGGCUGCCGCUCAUAUCUUCGGCAUCGGCCGGCUCCUCCUACCUCACCGAUGACGUCAAAGUGAAAUGCGGCGACGAGGAUGAGGACGACAACGUACACUCGUACAUGAAGCGCAAACUGCAGAUCUCCGAUAAGAAAAUGGACUUGGAACGUAAGCUGGCGGCCGCCCGACGCCGGGAAACCGACCUGCCUGUAGCCGCCAUGUUAAAGGAAGGCCGCAAGGAUCUCGUAUUCUUCCAGUUUCCGGACUGUCUGCCGGUGCUGACCUCUAACGAUGACGAUGUGAAGCUCAAGCCCAAGAAGGAGCCAUCGGCAUCAGCUGCCGCCACCACCAACGGCGUCCAGGCGGAUACCAAGGCGCCCAACCCUGAGCUGGUGACCUUCAGUGACCUGCCCGAGGGUCAGGUCGGCCGCCUCCAGAUUCUGAAGUCGGGCAGGGCUCGCCUGCUUCUAGGGGACCACGUCCUUGAGCUAGACGCCGGCACCCAGGUCAAAUUCCUUCAGGAGGCAGCCUCGGUGUCCACCAGUGCAGACGGCUCUUCUGGCAGCGUGUCGGUGUUAGGGCACAUCCGACACCGAGUGGUGGCCUCCCCCGCCUGGGACACCCUCAUACACAGGGAUGCUAACCGAUGACGGCAUCUGAAGAGCGGCUAGGGAAUCAUGCGGGUGUGGAGGGUGUCUCUGUCUUCACUCUUCAUGGAGAGGCGUCUUUAAUGGGCGUCGGAAAUGGGCGUAUGUGUUACGGUGCCCAUCUUGGAGACGUUGAUAUUGGCGGGACGUCUAAGAUGCUGUGAAGGUGCUGAUGUAGGCAGGGCGCUAGUGUUAGAAGGACUCACGUGAGAAAGACGCCCAUGUGAGAAGGACGCCCAUGUAAGAAAGACGCCAAUGUGAGCUGGACACAGACAAUGUGAGAUGGAGAUGAGCUCUGGUGUGCAAUACACAGGGUCGCUGUGCAGUAGCAGCUGCGUGUCCCCGUACUCUCAGCAACCCUCACAGGGAACAACGAUAAGCGGUCGGAGAGCACGCACAGAAAACCUCAGCUGCUCUUGUAUAGGGACCGGCAGUCGAUAUCAAUGUUAUCGGUUGUUACUGGACAGGAGAGACGGCUGGAUUUGGGGUUCGUGCACAGAAGCAACUGCGGGUCCCCGUACAGCACAGACUGCACUUGUUUCAAUACACCGUUGUU